UAAUUAUAAUUCUUGUAGUAUAUAGUUUCAUUUCCGUUGAACAUUUCACACCUUCACCGGAAAUUAAGGGACUGUUUGGGGGGAACCGAAGAGGAUGGCUUCUUCCUGCAGCUGCAACUCUGUGAAUCUCAAAGCAGCAUCUUUCAAUCCAAACAAGCCCUUAACUUGCCCUCCCAAUCAGCUCCUCCCCACUUCGAAAUCUUCGACGCUCCCUUCUCUCUCUAUUCGUUUGAAUCAAAAUCCAUCGCAAACCCGUUUCAGGAAAUCGAAAGCUCUUCCCGGUUUGCUGGUUGUUGCUUCUGGUCAAAUGGCGGAGCCUUUGAGGGUGAUGAUAUCAGGAGCGCCUGCUUCUGGGAAAGGAACCCAAUGUGAGCUUAUUACAAAAAAGUAUGAUUUGGUGCACAUUGCAGCAGGAGAUCUUCUCCGGGCCGAAGUUGCUGCAGAGACUGAAAAUGGGAAGCGUGCUAAGGAAUUCAUGGAAAUGGGGAAGCUUGUUCCCGACGAAAUAGUUGUCAUGAUGGUUAAAGAGCGGUUGUCACGGCAAGAUUCUCAGGAGAACGGCUGGCUUCUCGACGGAUAUCCUAGGAGCAAAUCCCAAGCUACCGCUCUCAAGGAAUUCGGGUUCAAUCCUGAUAUCUUCAUUCUUCUCGAAGUCCCUGAAGAGAUCCUCGUUGAGAGAGUUGUUGGACGCAGACUAGAUCCGGUUACUGGGAAGAUAUACCAUCUUACAUAUUCUCCCCCAGAAACCGAAGAAAUCGCUGCAAGACUUACUCAACGCUUUGACGACACUGAAGAAAAGGUUAAACUGCGUUUGCUCACUCACAACAGUAACGUGGAGUCUGUGCUUUCGUUAUACAAUGACCGAAUAGUCAAAGUAGACGGAACUCUUCCCAAAGAGGAGGUGUUUUCACAAAUUGACGGCGUAUUGACAGAGCUUCUCACAAAAAAGGAAGCUGCCUUGGCUGCAUAAAACCGGCUCAACUCGGAAAAUGGAGUGAGAUUCGUUGCAAACGAGAGGUACAUAUAUAGAGAGAAAGAAAUCACAUUUAUAGCUAUUGCCUUGAUGAAAAAAUUAUCAUAUUUCAUUCAUUGCUCAGGGAUGAUCGGGAAAGAAUAAAGAACAUCGUCUCUUUCUAUACCGAUAUACCAAUUUUUCUUCAAUGCAUCCAUGUGCAUAGAUGAAGCUAUUUGAAUUAGUGCCGUUGCUGCAUUUUCUUUCGGGCUCGUGCUUUUAAUUAUUGACCUUUUUUAAUCUAUCGAUGCUAUGCAAGAAAAAGAAGUCGAUGAUACGUUCUUGACAUUGGGAGGACUUGUUCAAUGAUACGUUCUAGUAUGUUCUUGAAUUUGAAUUUGCAUAGGCCAUGUUAGUACAUAGUUGACAUAUUCUCUUGCAGCUGUAUUUCUCUUCUAUCUUUUUAUGUCUUCAUUAUUACUCCAUUUGACUGGAUUUUUUUUUUCUACAAAGGAAAUGAGCAUUGGUCCUAUUUUUGAAUA